AUGAAGCCCCUCGGAUUCAUCGCUGCUCUUGCUGCGCUCGCAUCGGCUGUGCCACAGCCCCUUCAAUACAGCUCUGAAGCACCAAGUAGCGACCGCCUCAGCAAGCGGGCCACUCUCUGCGGACCGCAAGAGUACCUUGAAACAUUCUGGUUUCUUGUCAAGAAUGGAAUCUCGGAAGCAGCCCCUGACGACGGCUCCCAGUGCAUUACUGUCGUGGGUCAAUUCGACUCGCUGCUAAGGUGGUCCACGUCCUUCACGUGGAGCGGCGCCUCAUCGACGCCCAGGUCCUACUAG